AAAAAAGAUCCAUAUUGUAUAUUUUUAGAUUUUAAUAAACUCAUUAUUUUUAAACUUGAAAAUUACAAAAUUACGUAAUGCUCCAUAUGGUCAAAGUGGGAGCUAACUAAUUUCUCAUUUUUCACUAGUUAUAUGUUGCAUUUGGUGGUUGGUGUUUCUGACAUCUUCUCUUCAAUUAUGCAUUUCCUUUUUCCCCUUUUUUUUCAGGGAACUUACCAUUAUUGUUUUCGUUAUACUCUUCUCAUACCAGUUCUGGUUUUGUUAUGAUGGCCAAUGUGCGAGAUUGUUGUUCACUUGGAUUUCACCAUCUCUGGACAGCUCAUUUAUCAUAUAUGUUCAUGCGCUUUCCUUUUGAGUGUUAUGAGCUGUGGAAGAACUAUUCAGUUGACAUGAGGACAACAGCUACCGUUAAUACCUGGUUGUCUGAUUGCAAGCGCCAUCUCUCAGGAUUGUAUGUGUGCGCUAUUCGAGUUAGAGUGUCUGAUUGCUGUUGUGUGGCUGUCAGCUGAUAUUAUGUCAUUGCAUACCGGGAACACCACCCUUAUUUUCAUAUUUGGACAUGUUAUUUGCUUGAUGUUGCUAAGUGCGGCUUAGAUUGGUUAGCAAUUUGCCAGUGCAUACGGCCUUAAUAUUGUCAUUGUUGUGCAGAAUAAGCAUUUGGAUUUCAAUUUUCUUUGGAUAUGCCAAAUUACGAGUCAGAAAAGCAAAGUUGUGAUGGUGCAUGUUGCGCAAAGUUGUUCGACGACUGGUUGUUCUGUGGGUUCCAUGGUUUGUUUUAGUGUUCUUGCAAAGUUGAGGAUUUAGUUUCCUUUUAAAUAUAAUGAGUUUUGUAUACCGACCAAGUCUUCUUCGAGGCUGCAUUUUAGGUUUUCUUGAUUCAGCCCGUAGUCAGUGGAAUGGUGGAGGUUUGAGUUGAGCCCACUGGAAGAGUAUGACCGACUGAUCUAGGUGAGUCAUACGGGUUGCGCAACAAGAUUCAUCUAGUUUGGCUACAUGUUUGGAAGACUAUAUCUGAUGCAUUCUGUGUAACAGCUUUAGUGCUUGCAAUUUUCAAGUUUGUGCCAGUAUAAUCUGCUUGCGAAUGGAGUCGAGUGCAAUAGAGUAGUUGCUUUACCAGGCACGAGGCAGAAAUUUCGUCUACUAAUGUGGCUUCUUUGUAAUGAUGUGUCCGGCCUUUCCCAUGAAGAUUUAUUACCAAUGGUUUCCUGAAGUACCUGAGAGACCUGUGGGUGGAUGCUGUAGUUUCCUGUGACUUCUGUAGCUACAAAGACCAGAUUGAUUAGGUCAUUAGAAAAACUAUGUGGAUGCCUUGCUUUUCGGUCAGCAUGGAAUCAUGCCAAUUCUACCGUUCUCGGGUCAUGGUGGAAAGGGAGACUGGCUGUCCUCGCGGAUUCGGGUUUAUAACCUUUGCAGACCGUCAGGCUUUGCAGGAUUCAAUCAGAGAGAUGCACGGUCAGGAAUUGGACGGUCUAGUCAUCUUUGUGAACAAGGCCCAGCCCAAAAUGGAUGGGGAUGAUCCUGACUAUGGCUAUGGUAGGGGACAAGCGCCAAGUGGUCGGGACACUUACAGGGCAGGGGACAAGCCAGUUGGACAAUUCGAGUGUUCCAAGUGUGGGUGCUUGGGUCAUUUUGCACGGGAAUGCCCUUCAACUGGUGGUGGCGGUAGUUUCUCUUCACAUUCACGAUUUGGUGGCGGUGAUUGAUUUGGACUGGACCG